UAACAGCACCUACAGCAGUGAUUUCCAUUUCCAUCUUCUCUCAGAAGCCUAAAUAAUGAAAAGCCCAAGGCUUCAAGAACAAGAUUGAACAAGGAGAAGAAGAAAAUCAUAAAAUAGAGCUAUACUAUAUACCUCUAUUGCUUCUCUUCCAAGCCAUAGCUAAGGUACUUAUCAAUCUCUUUUCUUUUUUUCUUUUUUUGAUGCUGAUAAUUUCGCCAUUAAAGCUUUCACGGCAUUUCCCACGAGAAAUCGGUCCAUUUCACUCACGAAAAAGCUUUUCUAUUACUCUUUAACCCUUCUUUCUUCACUAUAUAACCAUCUGUCCACACUCCCUCCACUGCAACAAGAACAAUGCUUUCCACAAUGGCGAAACCAAAGAAGAGGAUCAUUAACCUCUCUUACAUUUUCUUCACUCUGUUUCUUCUACAAUGUAAAUUAUUAGAUGUUUUUGCUAUUCUAGACCCUGUUGAUUUCUUAGCUUUACAAGCCAUUAGAAAGUCUCUCGAAGAUAUGCCUGGUUCUAACUUUUUCGCUUCAUGGGACUUCACUUCUGAUCCAUGUAACUUUGCUGGAGUGUACUGUGAAGGCGAUAAAGUUAUUUCUCUAAAUCUUGGAGAUCCUCGGGCCGGCUCGCCUGGUCUCACGGGCCGCCUCGACCCAGCCAUUGGUAAACUCUCUUCUCUCGCGGAGCUGUCAAUCGUGCCUGGCCGAAUCAUCGGCCAGCUCCCGCAAUCUUUGUCUCAGUUGAAGAACCUGCGUUUCCUUGCAAUCAGUCGGAACUUCGCAUCCGGCGGAAUUCCAGAAACUCUCGGCCAGUUACGUGGCCUGAAAACGCUUGAUCUCAGCUAUAACCAGCUCACAGGAGACAUUCCUCGCACAAUCGGUACCUUACCGGAGCUAUCGAAUGUCAUACUUUGCCACAACAAACUGUCCGGUUCGGUCCCUCCGUUUCUCUCCCAAACACUAACCCGACUCGACUUGAAACACAAUGACCUCUCCGGUUCGCUAUCUCCUGAUGCUCUGCCUCCGUCAAUGCAAUACCUCUCUUUGUCGUGGAACCGGCUGACUGGACCGGUUGACCGGUUGUUAAACCGGCUCGACCAGUUAAAUUACCUGGACUUGAGUAUGAACCAGUUUAACGGUAAUAUUCCAAGUCGGAUCUUCUCAUAUCCAAUAACAAACCUUCAGUUACAGAGAAAUUCAUUUACUGGUCCGGUUCAGCCAGGUGAUCAGGUGACAAUCACAAUCGUCGACUUGAGCUACAAUAGGCUAUCAGGUCAAAUCUCGCCAAUGUUCUCGAGCGUACAGAAUCUAUAUCUAAAUAACAACCGGUUUAUGGGUCAAGUACCGGGUAGUUUUGUGGAUCGGUUAUUGGCUGCUAGUAUACAGACUUUAUAUCUACAGCACAACUAUUUGACAGGAAUAGAGAUUAAUCCGGCGGCUAUGAUUCCGUUGAGUAGCUCGCUGUGUCUGCAGUAUAAUUGUAUGGUCCCGCCCGUACAGACGCCGUGCCCAUUGAAGGCUGGGAAGCAGAAGACCAGGCCUGCUGCACAGUGUAACGAAUGGAGAGGGUAGAAUUGUGAAUUUGGAAAUUGGUGAGGGGUAAAUCGGGAAGAAAAGAUAAAAAAUACGGUAUCUUUAUUAAUUUUUUGUGGGUGGUAAUUUUGAUUGACUAAUUUAUUUUUUUGAGGAAUAAAGAAUGUUGUGGAUAGAGGGCAAUUGUGUAGUGUUAAUUUCAUGUUUUGUUAUUAAUGUUAAUGUAUGAUAAUUUACGUCUUCAUUAUUAUGU